CUCCAAACUCGGCUCACUGUUGGUUGUGGAGGACUUUAUAUUCCAGUACAACUAUCACACCAACUGCUCUGUUCGCCUCCUGCCCAUUGCCGAUUUCAAAACUGCUCCCACGUCACAAAACUGAAUCGUCUUCCUUUCACCGAAGAAUAUUGUCCAUCAGCACCGUUUCUCGCGACCACAACUACCAACCCGUCCUACAGACCUUCUGGUGCUAAGGUCAAGCCGUUGCCUGCCGGCGAUCCUUUGCGUCACCGAUUUGCCAUUGUCGUCACUGUAUACAAAAUAGCAUUCGGGUGCAGGAUCGUGGUUGCAGAAACACGACAGGCGGAGCAGAGAUAUGAAAUACGGAGAACAAUUUGAGAGGGAGUCUGUACCACAAUGGAGUCUUCACAACAUUGAUUACAACUCGCUGAAACACCACAUCAAAGCGCACACGACCAAGGACCAGGCCACCGCGAUAGCGAUUCCAGGGCGCCCCAACACCGCGCUGCGUAAAUUUGAGGAUGAUUUCUAUGCGGAGCUGUGCCGGCAACAUGAUCGCGUGGAUCUGUUCGUCACCAGCAAAGCCGACGAGAUCGCACGGCGGAUACAGCAUCUAUCCGGCCAGAUUCACAGACUGAUCCUACGCUGCGCGACUUCCGGGCGGGAUCGCAUACCGUUGAAGCGGCAGUCGCGGUUUGCCAAGUACGAGCAGACGUUGCUACAAUGCGGUGACGACAUCAAGGCUCUUCAGCGCUUCGUCAAUGCGCAAAUCGUCGCUUUCCGCAAGAUACUUAAGAAGUACAGAAAGUGGACCGGCUCGUCGACGUUGGGCUCCCGUUUCAGGGAUAACGUACUCUCUCACCCCAAGAGCUUCACGAAACGCGACUUCUCACAGCUGCACACCCAGUACAUGGAUCUGCUUGGGACACUACGUGCAGCACUGCCGACGAACCCGGAUGGUCGAAUCACCAUGCCCAGCACUGAGGCCCAACCGUCCCGCCCACCCACUGCAGAUCUCUCGCCAAGCGAAACCAUUGUCGCGCCAGAGCCCCCACCCAAUGUCGGCUACUGGAACGAGUACGACUAUGGCAGCGAGGCAGGUGAUGUCGACAGGAACGGCGAUGGCGAGUAUGCGAUUUACAUCGACCCCAACGAGGACAGCAGCUUGGCGGUGAUAAAGGGUCUCGCAGCAUUCUUCGCGACGCCCUUCACCAAGCUGAGCGCCUGGAUAUCCCCGCGCACAAUGAAAUCCGGCGAAGACACCGAGCGCAGCGCCCUCCUCCACACUCAUUCUACCGGCAGCCACUACGACUACGGCUCAAACCGUUCUGUUGGCGAAGGAAGUUACUUCGCAACACCUCCGGGCGGCAGGAUCGGCAUCGGCACCGAAACGGAUGGCGAGGACGACCUCCGCUCAACCGCCUACCCUUCCAACCGGCACAGCCGGCGGACGUCGGUCUCGAACCGCGACUAUACCUCUUGCUCGGACGACCAGCAGUUCCCCUCCGGCUACAGCGCAUAUCGUGCGGCUUAUGUGCUCCCCAGCAUUCCCGACCAGCGGGUGGCGCGGUAUAGGGAGCGGGUGCUGCUGUGGGGGACGUUGGGUUGUUUCGCGGCAUCGUUUCUGUUGAUGGCCAUUGCAACCCUGCUGAUUACGACGGGCCGGCACAAGAUGAGGUUGGAGGUGGACGCGGGCGCCACACUGGGGAUCGUGGCCAGUCUGGGGGCGGCGUGCGCCGGGUUGUGUAUGACCGGAUCAAGAAGGGAUAAGGUAAGCCUGUUGUACAGGCUAGCCGUCUGGGUGGCUUUUGCCGGGUCUUGCGUCCUGAAUGGGGUGUUGUUGGUGAUGGUUAUGGGUAACACCGCGAUAUGAUGGUUCCAUAGUCGCAGAGUAGGUGUCGCAAGGAGGUGUUGACCACUAUGUCUCCGGAAUCAGUUUGGUGGUCGUCAGCAUUUUCGGUUUUGGUUUAUUUCUUUCCUUGUUCAAGAUUUCCAUCUUUGUCUCUCGCAUGGAUCGGGGUGUGGAACAGCGUAUAGCGGAGCCUUGCCCGGACUCAUAUGCCGCAACGAACGAUGCCUCACGACUGCAUGAUAUAUGGAUGUGCAAGGCGGCUUUCUGGAUGUAGAUCGUCAGGGGACAUCGGGGUAGACUGGCUGAUGGGGCGGGAAACGCGAGGUAGCAAUGAGGGACAAAUAUAAGUAACUUGCAUCA